UGCUUACGAUAAACUUGAUAAAAACUGUUUGUUCCGACGCCGAGCGAUUGUGAGGAGAUGACAAAGCAAAAUGGUAACCUUCAAAUUCAAGUAAAAAUGGGACAAUGUUGAGUUAUGACGAAACCUUUCUUGAUAUUAAAAUUGCAUUUUUGAUGAUUACGUUAAUAAUGACGUUGCUUGGAAACUCUAUGGUCCUUAUGGCAAUAUACUAUGACAGUCGUCUGAGAACAGCGAUCAAUUUUUUUGUGGCUUGUCUUGCUACUUCAGAUAUUGCUGUAGCUUUACUCAGUGUCACCAUUCGUUUAUUUACUUUGUUCAGUGAAAAGCUUCGACUUCGUAAAAGCCUAGUUACCAUGACACUGUGCAGAUUUUGGAUCUGGAUUGAUAUUUUCUGUGAAGCAGCUUCUAUCUUUACUCUUACAGUAAUUAGUAUUGAACGCUAUUUCAAAAUAUGUCGUCCGUAUGUAUAUUGCGAGAGGAUGACAAAAAGACUUGCGAUAUACGUAAUUGUCUUUGUAUGGAUAAUAGCAGCGUUGCUUGCAAGUCUUGCCAUGCUGCCUUUUGGAGAUAAAGGAAUCAUCAUUGACCGCAAUCAAUGCUACAAUUACAACAAGAUAUUCUACACCAUAGCGCCGGUUGUUGCUUUUUUUCUUCCUUUACUGAUCUUGAUUGUGAUGUACGCUAUGAUAUUUCGCAUUGCAAUUCUUCAUUUCAAAAAAUCCAACAGAGUUUUAAUGCGGGAUCCAACUUCAAGUCAUUACUCAGUCUAUAAGGAUCUCAAAGCCACUAAAACUCUGUUCAUUGUUGUUAGUACAUUCAUAGUAUGUUGGGGACCAUUUUUAUAUUUUUCAAAUAUACCAAUAUGGAUCCCAAUCCAUGACCCAUUAGGGAAGACAUUGAAAUAUUUGAAAACGGUGAUUGUCAUAAUUCUACCUUACGCAAACAGCUUUUUCAAUCCCAUCAUAUACGCUUGCUUCGAUAAAAGCUACCAAAGGGCAUUUCGAAAAAUUCUUCAGAAGACAUUUUGCCAUAAAUACCACGGACUUGGCCCAAAGAACGUAAAUAAAACUGAAAUGAAAGAAAGUGACGAAAACGAAAGGAAAUUCAAUUUGCCCUUGUAUGAAUUCAAGUCAGUGCAAAGAAAACGCUACAACAGAAGAAAUUUACAUCGAGCAGAUUUAUAAACAUGGAAACAUUUCAUUCUCAAACACUUUCAUAGAAGUUGUCGUAGUUUAUUGCGGAAAUAUAAUAUGUUCGGUUACUUCGGUAGAGGUAGCAGGCAGUGAAUCUAGAUUUAUCUCUUCCUCUUGACUUGCGUUUGUCUGCAUUUUUGACUGGCAUUGGAACGAAAUUUGGUUUCUCUACCAGUAAUUCAGUCUCAUAGCAAGAAGAAUGAGGACAGCAUUAUAUGUGCUUUAGGUAAUUAUAACAUGAACUUUUCAGGACAUUUUGGUCUUUUAAAAUAAGCAAAUAUUUGGCACGCAAUAUAAAGAAUACCGUUACAAUAAUGUAGAGAGAAAGUUGACAAUGGAAGCAAUCAUGUUUUGCGGUA